CCAACGUUUCGGGGAUCACUUUGACAACGCCGGACAACCCCAUUUCCCCGUAACAACCCCCUCGCUCCAUCGACCGAGGACAUUUUAUUUCUUCGAGACACAGAUCUUAAGUUCUGGACUCCUACCAUUCACUGUCUUGACUUCUUGGGCAGUUGUACAACCACAAGACACAUCUGCCAUUCCACCACGGAAGAUUGUCAAUACUCGCUCGCGCACCGGCCAAAUCUCGUCUUGCACAAUUCGAAGACCGAGGCACCAGGCACUCAACCCCACUGUACUGAACAUUAUUGUACUUUAUUUUAUUAUUAAAACCAGGUCCCAUUAGCAACCAGGCAUUGGAGUCCACCAACAAUGUCUGACUCCCACUCUCACUCCCAUGAUCAUUCAUCGCAUACUCAUGACCAUGACCAUGACCAUGGCCACUCCCAUUCGCACGAUGUUCCCCCACAUCUGUUUCAAGCAACAUCCUCCGACGACCACCCACCCGAUAACUGGCGCGAGAGUGGCGUGAGAGUCAUCCCCGCCAACAGCCUGGACACCAACACGGCACAAACACCAGGGAUGAAUCGGGCCGCGGCCAUCACGACCGCCCGGGUGGGCGCUCAGAAGCUGUGGGCUGGAACGGUCAAGAUCCACCCCAACGCCAAAACCGGCGCUCACCACCACGGCCACCUGGAGAGUGUCAUCUACGUCGUGAAGGGCAAAGCUCGCAUGCGAUGGGGCGAGAGGCUCGAGUUCACUGCGGAGGCGGGACCCGGAGAUUUCAUCUAUGUCCCGCCCUACGUGCCGCAUCAGGAGAUCAAUGCUAAGGAAGACGAGGAGCUGGAGUGUGUUUUGAUGAGGAGCGACGGCGAAGCCAUUGCUGUCAAUCUCCCGGAUGUCGAGCCUGUAGAGACUCCAGAGGGCGUGAAAUGGAUUGAUCCGACGCAUCCUACAGGUGGUGUUUAAAAGAGCAGCAGAUGCCUAGAUGGGUUUAUGAUGGUAUAUCAAAAAAUUGGAGGACUGUCACCAAUGACAAGAGGUGGAUUUUUCGCUACAUCACAUAGUGCGCCAUGACACUCGUAACAUCCGGGACAUCCAGGACACAUUAACUAUACAUUUCAUGGGCAGACAAACCAUCCAGCACAUAUACAACACCUCACAUCUCACACGUCAUCACUCAUUCCAUCAUAUCGCACAGGGGUUUGAUCCUUGGUACAGAACACAGAGAGUCUCAGAUACACCCAUUGUUGUAAAAGGUGUCAGCUUCCAGGCAACUUCUCCUUAUCCAAGGUAUUUUGCUCGGCCUGGUCUUCCUUUUUCAGAUUUUUCAAACAAGGGGCGUAGAACAACCGACCAGACCAAGCACCCUUUGCAGUCCCUGCAGCAACCACACACCACAACAAUACAACCGCAACACUCAACAUUGUCCCCAGAACCUUGAAGAAAGAGCUUGGCAUUUCCUCCCCGAAAGUCAUGGUACUUAUAGCAUAAACGCCCAAUGGAAACGUAAACCCCCACCAACCCAUGUUGAACGGGAACGGACGGGUAAGGUAGAUAGUGGCCAGGGCAAAGACCAGCCAGCACAGACCGAACCCCCACAUGAUGAGGGCGACAAAGACGCCCAUGACAUAGACGACGUCGCCGGCCAUGUUGGCCGAUGAAAGACCGGGUAGAAACCCGGUGCGUGGAAACACGUCGCGCGCCACGCGGCCCAUGUUCAUGAUCGCGUAGCCGCCCAUCCCCAAUGGGCCGAGAGGUAGAAAGGAUGAGACGACGACUUCCCGUGGUGGAAGCUUGUGGAGGGCCAGCCGUUGGUAGUAGAUCACCAAGAUGGUCAUGGCGAGGGGAGUCGACAUGCCCCAUAGGACGUAGGAUGUUAGGAGCGUGCCGAGGGCGUGCGAUGGGUCGUGGAGAAUGGCGGCGACUUUGCUUCCUGGAGUUGAUGAGGAGAGGUUAGUGGUUGUGGGGGGUCAUGAGGUUUGGGGAAUAAGAGGGAAUGCAAUGCAAUGCAGUAGGAGAAAGAGGAGAGGAAAGGAAGUGCCCUUUCCGGCCUGUAGUGUACAAACAACGCGGGUGGUGAACUGUAUCGUUUCGGAUAGGAAUAAAGCAGUAUCACAGGCAUGCAUGCUUGCUUGCUUGUUUGGAGGGUAACUUACCAGCUCCAGCAGCAACUAUAGUCGCCGCAAUGGGCAACAACUGCGCCGCCGUGAUCCUGUCCAACGAAUGCUGA